AUGGCCAACGGCGACUCCGCGGCAGGCGCGCCGGCCGCCAACGCGGGGAGGCCGGGGCUCGCGCCUGCCUGCGGNGAGCUAGGGCAGGCCGGUGGCGACUCUGCGGCGGGCACGCCAGCGAUCGACGUGUGCGGUCGACGUGGGGAGGCCGGGGCUCACCCUUGCCGGCAGCGGGAGGCGGCGGUGGUGGUGGCGGAGCAAACUGAGCCCACACAAGCCGAGCUCGGGCUCGAGGUGCACGCCGGCCUCGGCGGCGGCCGUGGUGCCUCGGGGCGGCGGCGAGGGUCGCCAGGGCUCCGAGGGAGGCAGCAGGAGUGGCCUCAGGCGGCGGCGGCGCACGGGCUAACAGCUGAAGCACAGCUCGGCCCAAUCCCGCCCAAGGAACCCGCAGGGCUGAAGCAGUGCGGCGGCGGCGCUCGGGGCGGCGAGGACCGACUGCCUGAGGUCGAAAGGAGGCCGCAGGGGUAG